UGCGCGUUUCGAUAUGAUAUUCAGUGCUACCUUUUCGCAAUGCCGUCUUUGCAUUUUAGCAGUGGCAUUGCUGGUGAUUGUGGUGAUCGCGGUGGUCGCCAGCACAACGCUUGGCAGCGUAAUCAGCGGCGAUUCACCCCCGACAGUGACAAAUCACACACUGCCAAGCAGCAGCUGUGCCAGCUCAGCAGUGGGUAGCGUUGAAGCGCUUGUUGGCAGUCUCUUCACAGCGAUAAAUGCAGCCAAGUGUGAAAUGACACGCGCCGAUCAGUGGCCAGCCGACUUUGCGGAGGAAGCGCUCAAUAACGGUCUGCAAGAGUACGACUUUGUUAUUGUGGGUGCUGGCACAGCUGGGUCGGUAGUCGCCAGUCGGUUAACCGAAAACCCGCGCAUAAGAGUGUUAUUGCUAGAGGCGGGCGAUGAUCCGCCAAUUGAAUCGGAGAUCUUCACAUUGAGUUCAUCGCUACAUCGCAGCUCAUAUGCCUGGACUGACUACGCCGAACCCAAUCCCAAUUGUUGCCAAGGCAUGCGUAUGGGUCGCUGCUAUUGGCCGCGCGGCAAAAUGCUUGGUGGUUCUGGUUCAAUGAGUGGAAAUAUUUUCUUGUUGGGUAAUCAACAAGAUUUUGACCGUUGGCGCCAGUUAGGUUGCGACAAGUGGUCAUGGGAGGAGAUGCAGUUGCUGUAUGAAAAAGCGACCACAGCGUCAAUGCAUGCUGCCUCCGUUAAGCCCGUAGGUGAAUUAGUAUUAAACUAUUUUGAACAUCUAGCGGAACACAACAAUCUAACGCGUCUGGUACUCAGCGCCAGCAGCGAGCUGGGAUUGCGCUAUAUUCCCGAUUUGACAGAGGGUACACGUGUUGGCUACACGGAUGCUAUUCCAGCGAAUAUUAAAAGCGGCAGGCGCAUGAGUGUAGCAAAAUCUUAUUUAGGCGAAGUAGCGCGUACCCGACCUAAUCUCCAAGUCAUCAAAAAUGCUUUAGCUACAAAGAUACUCUUCUCAUCAGAUAAUAGCCGUGCAGUGGGGGUAGAAUUUUUGUUGCGUGGUCGCCACCACUUAAAAGCGCUUGUGCGUAGUGAGGUACUUGUUGCAGCUGGCGCAAUUAACUCACCAAAGCUUUUGCUACAGUCCGGUAUUGGGCCACGUGAAAACCUAAAUGAGCUGGGUAUACCUCAGCUCGCAGAUUUGCCCGUUGGGCACAACCUACACGAUCAUGGCAUGUUACCAUUGUUACUCAGUUUUGAACGUGAAAUUCCAGUUUCACAAAGUGUCGGCGAUCCGCAAAGCGUUGCUGACUAUUUUCUACGCCAAUCGGGUCCACUUGCCGCCAGUAUUAGUAUCAUGGGUUUCAUUAAUACCAAUGCCAGCAGUAGCAGUAAAUUUCCUGAUUUACAUUUAGUUUCGCACACAAUCGUACCUGCGGGUAACGCCAACACCUUUCAAUUUCUACAACUGCGGGAUGAAAUAAUCGAUGGAAUUUCGCGCGCCGCCAAUAACCGCAGCCUCUUACAAAUAUACGGUUCACUGCUGCGUCCACAAUCGCGCGGCAGGAUGCGUCUACGCUCAGCGGAUCCUCAGGCACACCCACUCAUAUACAACAACUAUGCUAGCGAGCGUGCUGAUCAGUUGACUUUGUUACGCUACGUACGCUUCGUGCAGCGCAUGUGUGCCACAAAGGCAUUCAGGAACUACGGCUUGCAAAUGUUACAUGUGCCUAUUGAGGAGUGCGAUAAGUUGGCUUACAAUUCAGAUGCUUAUUGGCUAUGCUACGUGAAAUAUUUGUAUAUUGGAGCUUGGCAUCCGGUGGGUACAUGUCGAAUGGGCGCCGAUACAGAUUCGAAUGCUGUAGUGGAUCAGCGCUUGCGUGUGCGGGGCGUGAACGGAUUGCGCGUGGUGGACGCAAGUAUAAUGCCAGAAAUAACGAGUGGUAACACUAAUGGACCAACGACGAUCAUUGCCGAAAAGGCGGCCAUUGUGAUCGAAGAGGAUUGGAACGAGAAAGUAGCGUGAUGGUCGGUGAAAGUGAGUUUUAAAGAAUUUGUAUAAAUUUUAAGUGUUAUAAAUUAUGUUAGAAAAUAUAUACACAUGCACCAUAAAGUCUGCGUUCACCCGAAUAGCCUUCUUAAAUUUAUUAAAAU